AUGUCGUCAGCACAUCUCGGCAAGAUGAGUGAGGACAAUAUGACCCUCAUCAUGCAGCUGCUCGCGGAAGACAGUGAACACGCUGUAUCGGCGGCCGUGGGCAAAGGAAAACUUCCAGAGGGCAAGGACACCGACUAUCAGAUCGCUUGCAAGCUCUACCUUGAAGAGGUGCAGAGCUUGCAGGCGUUCACCGACGACCAAAGAAUGGCGAUGAGCAUUCAACACGCUAUUCGACAUGAUGGCGAUGCGAUAGCACAGUCUCAAAAUGAGGAGCGGGUCGCCGAAGCGGAUCACAACUUUUCGGUCGCACUCAGCAAUGGGCAGAACGCGCCGCCACGCCAGGCCACCGAGCCUCCGAUCGACGACGAGGAGACCGAGUUUCUCCAGAAACUUCUUUGCAUCUACAUUACAGGCGUUGAGGAUGCUGAUGACAACGACGGUAAUCUUGGCUAUGAACUUGAUGGCGAUGGUGAUACGGAUAUGUUCAACCAACCAGAAAGUUCUGCCUGGGCUGCCUCACGCCAGGUGACGAAACCGCAACCAAAGCGACAUUGCGAGGCCUGUGGCGACUGGAAACACUUUGCCUUGGUGGCCAAGGCGCCGUGUGGACAUGAGUACUGUCGAGAAUGUCUUCAGCGGCUGUUUGUAGAUGCUAUGACUGACGAAUCGCUCUUUCCACCUCGAUGCUGCAGACAGCCGAUUCCCGUGGACAAGAAUCGCCUCUUUCUCAACGGAAACAUUGUCCAGGAAUUCCAAGAGAAGGCCCUUGAGUUCUCGACCCCGAAACGCACAUAUUGCCAUGACCGCGACUGUGGUGCGUUUAUUCCGGCAGCAAAUUAUGUCAAGGUGCUUUGCACGACGGAGAUUGUCCCAAGGAUGAACAACUUCAGCAGGUUCUACAGCUUGCUCGAGAGGAGGGCUGGCAACGUUGUCAAAACUGCUGGGGGAUGGUGGAGCUUGUUAUCGGAUGCAACCACAUGGUCUGUCGAUGCGGCUUUCAGUUCUGCUACACCUGCGGUGCUCGCUGGAAGACUUGCUCUUGUGAGCAAUGGGAAGAACACCGGCUCCUCGAGCGGGCUGCCCAGAUUGAGGCGCGCAACCAUGGGGAAAACCGCCCUCAACAGAACAUCGGCGGCGCAGUCGUUAACGACCAGGAGCAACGCCAAAGACGAGUUCAGGCCCUGGUGCAGGACCUGA